AUUACACGGAUAAUCCCAGAUGUUACACUGCAUCAAGUGGCUUGAUGAGCAGCCAUUGAAGUCGGUCAUAUAUGUAAGUUUUGGAAGUCUUGCCACAGUAACCACAGAGCAGCUCAUGGAAUUUUGGUUUGGUCUGGUCAAUAGUGGGCACAGAUUCUUGUGGGUGAUUAGGCUAGACUCCGUGGCUGAUAAUGAUGGUGAACAAGAGUUUCCUGCAGAGCUGGAGGAGGGGAUGAAGGCAAGAGGUUAUACGGUGAAUUGGGCUCCACAAGAAGAGGUUCUAGCUCACCCUGCAGUAGGUGGAUUCUUGACUCACAGUGGAUGGAACUCGACUUUGGAAAGUAUAUAUGAAGGUGUACCAAUGAUUUGUUGGCCAUAUGCUACUGAUCAACAGAUCAAUAGCAGAUUUGUUGGGGAGGUUUGGAAGCUCGGAUUGGACAUAAAAGAUACUUGUGAUAAAUUUACCAUAGAAAAAGCUGUUAGAAAUCUUAUGGGGGCGAGGAAGGAAGAGUUUGCAAAAUCUGCCAAGGAAAUGGCUACAUUGGCCAGGAAAGCUGUGAAUGAAGGUGGAGACUGCCACCAUAAUUUGAACAAGUUGAUAAAGGACAUCAAGAUGAUGAAUGUAAAUGCACAUCAUGCCUAAAUUCAGAUAUAUUUAUGUUUGGUUCUUUGGCACAAGUUAAGUAUUGCAGACACCGGAGCUUGCUGUCUAGCCUUAUUAAUUUUACUGGUAAAAUCACUAUCUUCGUGUUUAUUCCUCAGAGUUAUGUGAUUUUUAUGCACUUUUUUUUCAUAAUAAAAGAUGGCUGUGGAGAUUCAAGUGAGCUACAACUAAAUGUUAAUUGUUAAGUUUCAAAUUUACCUGGCAGCUAAACCCUGAGAAAACUGAAUCUGCUAUAUCUUAACUUAGUUGAGGGCAUACAUUGAACAAGUGCAGUAAAAAUCAAGAUCAGGCGCCUAAACCUCCUCUGGUCGGACGCCAGCAAGCAACUUAAGGGUAGCGCCUUUGAUCAGGAUAUUGAUUUAAAAAGAAAAACAUAUUUGAAAGAAAUGCAGACUGAAAAGUCUUAACCAAUACCCUAAGAUAUUAAAAGCUAGGAGUGAAAGAUCUGGGAUCUAACAUGAUAAGAUGUAACAUACCAAGCUCUCAAGAGACUUGUUCGACGAUCCACCUUGCUGCAAACACUUAUUGACCUUUUCUUUCAGAUGUUCAGCUCUCUCUUUCAUCUCUUUCCCUUCUUUCUCCACCAUAACUCUUUUGAUGUCAAUUUUUAUACGCGUUCUUUCCAGUCCAUUUUCCAACUGCAACCCAAUUUUCCAGACAUGUGUUACAUACCUAGCAUUCACCAUUUGAUCAGUAAAACAAGGCAUACAGAUCAUGGGAACCCCUUCACAGAUACUCUCUAGUGUCGAGUUCCAUCCAUUGUGUGUCCAAAAUGCUCCAACAGCAGGAUGAGCUAGUACUUCCUGUUGGGGAGCCCAUUUUACAAUAUGACCCCGGCCAUCCAACAUCUCUAGGUAACCAUCUGGCAAUGAUUCUAUCCAAUCAGAUCCACGAAUCAAUCCAGGCCUAAUCACCCACAGAAAAGGGUGCUUGCUAUCAGCUAGACCCCAAGCUAUUUCCAGAAACUCAAUGUCACUAAUUGCUGCAAUGCUUCCAAAGCUGACGUAGAUCACAGAGUUGGAUUCUUGCUUGUCUAACCAAGAAAUGCAGGUCUGAUCAUGUGGGAUCAAACUACUUGAAGAAGCUGGGAAGUAUUUAUGAAAUGGACCUACUGGAAAGAUUGGAAUUGGAAAGUCCUGCAUAAGCGUGGCCAAUGCAGGCUUUUCAAGUUCUUCAAAAGAGUUCCAGAUGAGCCCUGAUGAAGCCUUUGUUUCUUUUACCAUUCCUUCUACUAGUUGAUAGAGUGUCUGAGGGUUGCUCGUCUUAAUCACAGGAAGAUCUUUAACGCGUAGUGGUGGCAGCUCUGGAACAAGUUCUUCUAACCGCAAAUCUAAAUAAAUGAAGACAAGAUUAAUUAAGCAUCAAUAAGGUAUCAGCUUAUCAUACAAAGAUUUCAAGCAAAUUAAUAACCUUGAUUGAGUAGAUAACCCUUUUGCUGCAAAACCGGGAAAGCAGCAAAAGCCAGGAAAGAAGAGACUCCACCAGUCCUUAACACGAGCCUCGGAAGCUCAAAACUUCUAGCAACUUCAGAAGUGAAGUGCAGAACAGCAUCUGAAAUCAAGCAAGCAACAGGCUCCUCACCAGACAACAAUCGCGCUAAACAUUCUUGAAACGGUGCAGCACAUUUGACAUUGAGGAGUGACAAAAGAGCAAUGACAUCUUUUGUGGACGCUUCAGCUGCAGACAGACCAUCAGAAAUGGACUCAAAAUUGAAAUGAGGAAAAUGAGAAGGAUCAGGAGAGUUAAAGGUGGUGUGAAUGAUGGUGACAUUGAAGCCCCUGGAGUGAAGUAUAUUAGCAAGUUGUAGCAUGGGAUUAAUGUGGCCUUGUAAAGGCAAUGGAAAGAAUAGAAUCCUUUUACUUUGUGUUUGUGCUUCCAUUGCUCUUUCUAUUCAGCUUAUUAGUUUUGUUGCUCCUGAUAUUUUCUUUUUCAGAUUUCAGUUGAUUGAA